AUGUUAAAAAAAAUAAUAGAUCGUCCUGUUCUUGCUACAGUUAUUUCUUUAAUUAUUGUAAUUUUAGGAGUUAUAGGGCUAGAUAGAUUACCAGUAACACGUUUUCCUGAUAUCUCUCCUCCAACUAUUACUGUUAAUGGAUCAUAUCCUGGAGGAAAUAGUGAAACAGUAAUACGCUCUGUAGUAACUCCAUUAGAAGAACAAAUUAACGGAGUUGAAGAUAUCAAGGUUGUUAAUGCCGAUCAAGCUGCAGUAAACGUACAAAAUAGAGUGCAACAAGCUACACCUAUUUUACCUCAGGAAGUUAUAAGAAUGGGACUUACAACUUCCAAACAACAAAAUAGUAUGGUAAUGCUUUUUAAUCUAUAUACUGAUGAUAACAGUAGAUAUGAUGAAAAGUUUUUACAAAACUAUGCUAACAUUAAUCUUAUUCCACAGGUAAAACGAGUAAAAGGAGUUGGUCAAGCUCAAGUUUUUGGUACAAAAGAUUAUUCGAUGCGAAUUUGGCUAAAUCCUCAAAGAAUGUCUUCUUAUGGUUUAGUUCCUGCUGAUGUUUCAAAUGCAAUAGCAGAUCAAAGUUUAGAAUCUGCCCCAGGUAAAUUAGGAGAAGAAUCUAAAGCAGCUUUAGAAUAUGUUAUCCGUUAUAAGGGGAAAAAAAAUAUUCCAGAACAAUAUGAAAAUAUUGUUGUCAAAAACGAUGGUACAAAUAUCGUUCGAUUAAAAGAUGUUGCAAGAGUAGAAUUUGGAGCAAUUUCAUAUAGUGGAGACAAUUUAUCAAAUGGUAAAAAUGCUGUUACUGUAGCAAUUAUGCAAACAACGGGAUCUAAUGCUAAUGAUAUAGAAAUUGGAAUUGAUAAAUCUAUUGAACAACUCUCAAAAUCUUUUCCUCCUGGUGUGAAAUAUUCAAAAGUUGUUAGUACUAAAGAAAAAUUAGACGAAGCUACAAGUCAAGUAAAGUCGACAUUAAUAGAAGCAUUUAUUCUUGUUUUCAUCGUUGUUUUCAUCUUUUUACAAGAUUUCAGAUCAACUAUUAUCCCUGCAAUUGCAGUUCCUGUUGCAAUUAUAGUACUUGCUAUUGGUAUUGUCGUAGAUGAUGCUAUUGUUGUUGUAGAAUCUGUACAUAGUAAUAUGGAAGGUACGAAUCUUACAGGUAAAGAAGCAACUCAUAAAUCAAUGAGAGAAAUUACUGGUGCCGUUAUUUCCAUAACAUUAGUAAUGUCUGCAGUAUUUAUUCCAAUUGGUUUUAUGGAAGGCUCUGCGGGACUUUUUUAUAAACAAUUCGCUUACACAUUAGCUAUUGCCAUUAUCAUAUCGGCUGUUAAUGCAUUAACAUUAACUCCUGCUCUAUGUGCUGUUUUAUUAAAAAACAAUCAUACAGGAGAUUCUCACGAACAAAAAAAAGGAUUUGGAAAAAAGUUUGCUAAUGCAUUUAACAUUGGUUUCAAUAAUAUGACGAAUCGCUAUUUAGGUGGUUUAAAAUUUUUAAUUAACCAUAAACUGAUUUCUAGUGGUUUAAUUCUCGGUAUUAUAGGUUUUUCAGUUUGGUUAAUGAAUACAACUCCAAAAAGUUUUGUACCAAUGGAAGACGAUAGUUUAUUUAUGUAUUCUUUAAGUAUGCCUCCAGGAACAGGAUUAGAUAAAACGACAGAAGUUUCGAAUAAAAUUAAUAAAAUCAUUAAAGAAAUUGAUGCUGUACAUGAAAAUACCUCUAUUACAGGGUUUAAUCUUUUAAAUAAUAGUGCUGGUUCCUGCUUAUGCAAUGGGAUUCGUAAAAUUAAAACCUAA